AUGGCGUCAUUCAAUGAAGACGCAAGUCAGUUCAAAGUCCUCAUAGCUGGUGGGAGUCUCGUGGGUCUAGGCCUAGCCCUAGCUCUUGAGCGUGCCGGGAUCGAAUACGAGCUUUUUGAAAAGGGAGAAUUCGCAACACAACUGGGUGCCUCUAUCGGAAUCCAUCCGCAUACCAUACGGAUCCUAGAGCAGCUAGGAGUAUGGAAAGAUAUUGAAAAGCAGGUUAUACCUCUCCAGCGUCGAAACCAUUAUGAUGGAAACGGCCAUUGCUUUGAGGAGUCCCAUGUCCUAGCGGAUAUCAAUGAAAUUCUUCAACGCCCCAUUAUCUUCAUGGAGCGAUGCAAAGCUUUGGAGGUGCUACACAGCCAUGUCCAAGACCGUUCGAAGCUGCAUGCUCGAACUGCUGUCGUUGGAUAUGAAGAAACCCCAGAGGGCGUUAUUGUCACCACCGAGGAUGGCAAGCAGCAUCAGGGUCACAUCCUGAUCGGUGCGGAUGGAAUCCACAGCAAUGUGAGAAAGUUGAUGGCCGACAAAAUUAGCGUGACGAAUCAGUCUCUCGCCAAGGAGAUUAACGGGGCAUUUACAAGCGAGUACGACUGCAUCUUUGCUGUUUCCCGGAACGAUCCCGAGAAGCAGUUCUUACCCGAUGCCAUGGUUCACAACGUGUACUAUGAUAACUACUCUGCAGUUUCAGCGGCUGGUGUGCAUGGACUUGUGUUUUGGUUUCUUUUUGUUAAGGCUUCCAAACUUACGAGAACCCCCGACUGCCCUCGAUUCACGGAUGAGGACGCAGAUGCAACGAUCCAGAGGUAUGGAAGCUCUCUAGUAGGCCCUGGCUAUACUGUGAAGGAUCUCUGGGAUGCCCGAGUCAAAGGCACAAUGGUACCCCUAGAAGAGGGCGUUAUCAAACAGUGGAGUCAUAGCCGGGUAGUUUUAAUGGGUGACUCCGUUCACAAGUCCACAAUCAACCCUGGAUUAGGUGGCAACUUAGCUUAUGAAGGUAUCGCACGUUUGACCAAUGGUCUCGUGCCUCUACUAAAAGAGAACCCCAUGCCAUCCCUUGAGCAGUUGACCGAGGUUUUCAAUCAGUAUGUCACUGGUCAGAAACCUCGGGCAGAAACAGUGGUCGACCUUUCCGGUCAGAUUACACGAUAUGAAGCGCAAGAUACCUGGAUUCUCAAAUUUGCAGCCCGUCACAUUGUUCCCUGGGUUAGUGACAAACUUAAGGCAAAACUCUAUGCCAGCUUCUCAAGAGGUGGUCCUCAUUUGGAAUAUCUCCCACUACCUGCGAUGGAUGCAGCUCUGGAAAAGCCUGUGAAGAAGUCCAGCCGGGGCAUUUUCCCAAAAUUGAUUACAGUGAUGGUUAUGGGCAGCACUGCUGGUAUUUUAUGGCAGAUGCGUAACGAUAACCCCUUGUUGUCCAUAUUGCCUACAUUCGUAACAUGGUGGAAGAAAUGUUAG